AUGGGAUAUGAGUCAGAAUUUCUCGGCAAGGUUGGACUUCCUAAAGCAUUAUACGAUAAAAAAGAAAUUCUCACUUCGGCAGGCGCAGAUGGUCGAAUAUGCUUGUUUGAUGUAGAGAACGGUACCCAACAGAUGGAAUUGUUGCAUGAGGAGGAGAUGAUUAACUGUCUCGUUUUCUCACCGUCUGGAUACCAUUUACUCUGUGGGAGUAAGGACGGAACGAUUACUGCAAUUGAUAUGAAAAAUCUAACAGUAGAUAAAUCAUGGGAUGCGCAUGAUAGGGCUGUUUUAUGCAUUAUUUGGCAUCCCGAGGAAAAUCUAAUACUUUCGGUUGGAGCCGAUUUUCUAUUACAUGCGGGUGAUUUGAAAACAGGAAAGACAAUUUACGCUAAACGCUUGCACAAAAAUCCAAGAUAUGGCAGAUUGUUGUUGGCCGCAUGGAGUUCAGAUGGGAUCUAUCUAGCACUAGCUACCGAUAAUGUCGUGGACGUAAUAUCUAUGGAGACUAACAAAUCAGUACGGAUGGUUUCGUGCUCUAGUCGACCCCUUUCUAUUUCGUGGAUUUCUGAAUGGCAUAUUGUAGUUGGUUUGUUUGAUGGUUUUUUGCUUACAUUUAACAUCGAACCUGGUAAUUUCCAACAUAAAAAGAUGAUUAGGGUAUUUGAUUCUAGUCUUGUUACUGUUGUGUUUGCCCAAGAUCACUUAGCCAUGACGUCCAGUGAUUGUGAGAUUAGUUUGUGGAGGGUUGAUGAGAAUAACUUUGAGGAAAUUUGCACCAGAACUGUCGAUUAUUUGCCAACAUGUUUGGUGCUGGUGGGGGAUAAGCCAUCUUCCAGAUUUCAUGAUUAUGUUAUGAGAGAGUGGCAGAAUAAAAAACGGCAGCUCAGGAGAAUCCGAAUAGCCGAAAUAGAAGAAGAGGAGUAUUCGCUGGAAAACGCCUAUUAUGCAACAAAAAAUUAUCAAGCACCGAAAACUAAACUAGAGAUUAUGAAGAGGAAGUGGAAAAUUGAAAAGGGGCUUAAGAGUCCGACGUUACCGUUGUUCCAAUCUGCUGCAAUGAAAGCUCUUUGUAAAAAAAAGAGUAAACAAAGAAACGAAAAAUCAAGUUCGUUGUUAGGUGACGCUAGUCUAUCUCUAAGUGAUUUGGUUAAGCAAUGCUUAAAUGAGGUAAAUUGA